GUAUGGGGGCAGAGCAUGGCAGGGAUUGGAGGUGAGGUUCCUGGCCAGUCACUGCUGCUCUCCUUCACACAGAUCGCCAGAGAGUACACUGGAGGCAGCCGAGAGAUAUUAUACCACACUGCUGAGCUCCAGCCACUGUUACCCAUCUACAGCCCAGAGAUGCCUACACAGUUGGAAAGCGCCAUACAGCGAGUGAUCUCCACCUUCCACCAGUUCGCUUCAGGGAGAGGUGGGGAGGACAAGCUGAACAGGGGGGAGCUGAAGAAACUACUAAGGUACCAGCUGGGGGACUCUAUGAAGACUGUGACAGAUGCAUCAUAUGUGAACCAGAUCAUGAAAGGCCUGGAUGAGAACAAAGAUGGACUGGUGGAUUUCCGGGAGUUUGUAACGCUGGUGUCCAAUUUGCUUGUGGCUUUCAACAAUGCUAGGCAGCCACAGGCCUGAUGCCCUUAGGGGCUGCUUGUGGUGUCACCUGGGGCUGAUUGUGCCUGAAUAAACAUAUUGUAACAGUGUA